AUGAAUUACCCGUCGCAGGAACAACUAAUAUUUCAACACGAACAACAGAAAGAAACAACACUACAGCAGCUCGAUAAUUUGGAUGAAAAAAUACUGGACCAAAUAAUAAGUGAAAAAAAUUUCGAAGCACCGAUUACUACAAUGCAAUCGAAUUGUGAUCUAACGUCAACCACUGUACCAGGACAACAAGUAUAUUACCUACAACCAUUAACGGUGUCGGAACAUCCAUCCGGUCAACAACCGUCGAUAUUUACGAUAUAUCAAUCGAAUGACCUGAUGUUAUCACAGCCUUACACGAUACAGGAUGAUUUGUUACAGCCGCAGCAAGUGCCUACAGAACAAAAGGAUCAAAUGCCAACUUCAACCACAGAUUUCCAAUUACAGAACGGCUGUCAACCCAAAUUAUUCCCUGCCUCCACUGAAGCUACCGUCACGUCACCAUCAUCAACAAUACCCUCCGAUCACUUGAAGUCAUCUCUCAAACCCAUGAAAUAUUGUAGAUUAAAAUUCAGUGAACACCAAUGUGACCUGUGUGGCCACUACACCAAAACCAAGCAUGGUCUGGCGCAACACAAGAGGCAGACGCACUCAGACCGGGUAUUCGUGUGCGGCAAAUGCGGCAAGAAAUACGAAACGGCACAAAAACUGGAGAAACACAUCCCGAAGCACAACCUCACGGAAAAACCUUUCAAGUGCACCGUUUGCCCCCAGCAGUACCAUCACAAGAUUGAUCUCUCGCGUCAUCUGUUGAAACAUUCCCCAAACCACAAGUCACGGCUUAAAUGCAGUUUUUGCGACAAAGUCUUCUUCCGGGACGAUCAUCUCAGGCACCACGAAAGUGUCCAUAUGCGUAAGCUGAAGCACAAAAAGGAGCAGGAUGAACGCAGGGGAAGAGUUAUCAGUGUGUCUUAA